CGGCUAAGGUACGCGGCGCGCGGGGCAAGCUGGGAACAAUCCGAUAAAGCAUUUCGGUUGUACGUGUCUGUGCGCCUGCGUGUGCCUGAUGUAUGUACCAUCGAGUAAUAAUCAAUCAGUUCCCCAUGUCGCUGCUGUCUUGUCUCUCGUCCCUCUCCUUUCAGUCUGCGUGCUGCCAAGUUGUCAUUCGGGUGCAGCCCCGCCAGCUCGUGCAAAGCGCGGGAUGUCUGCGACACAUGGGCGCAUCGGGUGCCCUGCACCUACAAGUAUGUAUACCGGUAUGUGGGAUGGAAUCAAAGAGGAGACGACGCAGCAGCCAAGCGCAACGCAAGCCGUUGUUGUUUUUCCCCCCUUCCCUUUUCUUUUUGAUUUAUUUAUUUCUGUAUGUAUUUUACAGGCAUGCCUGGCCGGCGUUUCGACGGAAAGAGCCCAUGCAAAGCUGGCCCGGGCGUAACCACAUCGUCCUGCCCGGUGCAGUCGAGGAAUCCUCCAGCCUUCGGCAAUCGUUGGUGGGGAAAAGGGAGCCGGCGUCGUGGUGGUGGCUUAUUCUCAACCCAUCUGGAUGUGCAGGGAUCGACGAUGCAUGCGAGUAGUGUAGGGUGCUGUGGGUGUCAGGUAUCAGAAAUCGUUUCCUCGGUCAAAGGUCGGUAGGGCCAGACUCGGAUCCAGCAUGAUCGUGGCCGAGGACGUGCAACGUGCAUCUUGACGCGGCUGGAACGAGACGAGUCUGGGACGUAACCUUGUUGC